AUGUUUUCACUAUUCCAAAACCUCCCCUACGAGCUCCGCCACGAAAUUUGGCGUUACCAUAUCCCAGCACCACGCGUUAUCGAGACACGCUACGAUGGGGCCACUGGCAGAGUUCUCCCAGGAUCUGUCCCGCCUAUUUUACUCCAUGUGUGCCAGGAGUCUCGCAGAUUUCUUCUAUCCACGGAAAUAGGAUUCAGUAUGCAGUUUGGCACGUCAGGAAAUCCUGCCGCUGUUUGCAUAAACGCAAAGACGGACGCUGUUCAGAUUGACUAUGAUGCUCUCAAGUAUAACCAUAUAAAACCUGCAGAGUUCGAAACCAUUGUUCACCUUGAGCUCUGUGGUAGCUCACUCUACAACGAAGACUCCGUCGAUAUACUCCGCCAACUCGUGAAAUUUCAAAAUCUUGACACGGUUUCACUAGUCGCGCCCUCGAAGCCAUUCUUGGAGUCUCUAGUCCAAACCCAAGGUCACUCUAUCGUGGACUAUUUUUUGGCCCAGUGUGUUUACACGGCCGCAAUGGCGACGAGAGUGUGGGAACUCGAUAUCGACAUGAAGAAGCCACAGUACGACACUUGGAGGAAGCCGCUCCUGAACAGAAUUUUUCUGAGGGAUGACGGAUCUCGCUUCACUGAAGAAGGAGAGUUUAACCCAGUUUGGGGUCUGGGUGUCUCUAUUAUUCACACAAAAGCUGAUUUUGCGAUGUCGACCAUGGCGCGCCGUUUGGAGGAGUGGAGACGCAACAGGGGGACCCAAUCUGCAUAG